CCGGGCAGCUCCUAACAGGAAAACGUAGGGCAUGAAAUGCGAUUCCCCGGUCGUUAUGUGUUAUUAUGAUGCUUAACUGCGCUAAUGCGAUAAUUACUAUCGACACAUGCACACUUUCUGAGGAAUAAUGAACACGAUGCCCCUAUGAUGUAUCAAAUAAUGAAGACCCCGCCCCUCCCACUGUGGUAAUGUAGAUUGAACCAUGUUGGAUAAAAUCAGGGUUAAAGACCAACAGACAAGGCACUGCUCGGACUGUGGAUGCAGCCUACCACAGCCCGGCUGUGAUACAACCAACACUUCAGCCCUUCGUGUGCACAAAGAAGCCAGUCCUUCCAAAUGUGCAUCCUGCCAGGCAGGCAGUAGCCUCCCUAAUGGACAACGCCCACAGCGCCGCAUGCGCCUGGACCCUCACAGCUGCAGCCUGUGCUCCAAAACCUUCAUCUCCUCCUCCCACCUGACCCUUCACCUCGCCUCUCACAACAAGGAGAGGAAGUUCAGAUGUAGCACCUGUGGCAAGUACUUCCAUCAGUCCUCCCACCUGGUGGCACACAAGAUAAUCCACAGCGGGGACCGGCCAUUUAAAUGCCCGGAGUGUGGUAAGACCUUUGGCCGUGCCUCACAUCUGAAGACCCACCGGCGACUCCACACAGGCGAGAAGCCCUUCAAGUGCACCUACUGUGACAAGUCGUUCACACAGAAGGCUGGGCUCCUGGCACAUGUUCGUCUACACACAGGGGAGCGGCCAUACAAGUGUGAGCAGUGUGGUGAGGGUUUUCGCUCGUUGUCCCUCCUGCUCUCUCAUAAGGCUCAGGAGUCGUCUGGGCACGCCAAACCAGUGCCAUUGCCAGCCCCCAACCAGCCCCAGAAGACACAGAGUAGCCCAGAGGAUCUGAAGUGUGGCGUCUGCUGCCGCACCUUUGUCAGAUCAUCGUACAUCAGGCUGCACAUACGCCUCAACAAAGGACAGCGGCCUUAUCACUGCAAAGUGUGCAACAAGACCUUUGUCAAGCUGGAUACGUUUGUGAACCACUGUGAUAAACACUUAAGGCAGAAAAGGGCUAAAAGUGCAGUAAAGGAGGUGAAAGACGAAGUUGUUAAACCUCCCAUGUUUGUGCCACUCUCCAGGCCUCCUUCUCCUGACUCUUUACCCAUUCAGCCUUUAUCCCCAGAGGUCAACACUCGCUCCAGAGCAAAAGCAAAGAGUAAAACAGAGCCAUGAACAAGAGGAGUACAUUCAGAGACGAAAAUGAUCUUUAACUAAGAAAUGUGCCAUGACAGUUCUGCCACAGCUAAAAAUAACAAAUACAGGACAAUGUCAUGUUGAUGUCAUUCAUUCUUUUUAAUCCGAAACCAACACAACUAAUGAAAAUGUACAUGAUCACACAUGAUCAGAGAAAGGGACAAAGAGCACAUUUGUAAUUCUAUAACUUUUAAAAUACUAUUAUGUGAUUUAUAUCAACAUGAGUUUACAUUUUUUUGUUAUUUUAUUUGGAAUAAGUAACCUUAUUUUAUAACUGUAAGUGCCAUGUUUUUAAUGCCUAUAUAGCUCAUAAGGCUAAAUUAAAACUUGGAACUAACAUUUCAGUGGUGUACAUUGUUCACUCUAAUCUUUAAAUAUAGAAAAGGGUAUAUCUCAAACCAUUAUAAUUCAUGGUUAUUUUAUUGUUUUCUUAAACCCAUACAAGCCUUUUGGCAUGUAUAGGACUUAAACAAAUUACAAACCAUGUAAAUGAAAUGCCUAUUGUAAAACAAUAUGCACAUAAGAUAAAAAAUUAACAAAAAAGCGUUUCUGUUGUUGCAGCUUGAGACCACAAAUAUCUGUUCAAAACAAUUUGCAGUUUUGGUUAUCAAGCAUCGUCUUCUUUUAAAGCCUCUUUUUCCACCUAGCCCAAUGAGCAUUCAAGUCAAAGUUACAGUAAUGCUCCAUAGUUCCUUCUUAGCAUGGGACUACUUCUUUGUUAAUCUACCCUUAUACCAUGUUUCAUGGUGUGCUGUAUCCCCUGGGCCUGUAGUUCAGGCUUAACAGUGUAGGACUACACGUCCGGUCAGAUGAGGCUCCUUUGACCGUCACACCUUCAUUCCAGGUCAGCAGCGGCUCAUGGCUGAUACAUCACUGACCCUAAACUCAACAGAAGAUGUAUAAGACUGUUCCUGUGGAUCUCCACCGCUACGGAGAAUCUGUCACCUCCACAUGGGGAAACUCUUUGUCCCAACCUAUGAAGAGAGAAAAAACAAAUGAACAACUGACACCAUUUACUAGUGAAAGGUCAAGAUAGAACCUUUGGGAGUCUAAUGUACGAGUCACAUCGCAUGAGAGUCACAAAUGUAACCACAAUGCUGUUAAAGAGAAUAAAACAAUCUACCAUCAA